AUGGGUCAAGCUGACAUCUAUCUCAGUGGUGCAUCCACUAGUGGUGGGUUCAGGCUGGGACUUUACAACACUUCGGUGAAGAAUCUGGUGAACUCUAAGCAAUGCAAGCACCUGGCCCUUCUCAGUGUUAACAAAAAGCUGGCUGCAGUCCUUGGGCCAGGUAGUAGCUUAGUGGGAGCAGGAAAAAAAUCAUGUAGCCAGAGGCAUAAUGAAGUUGAUGUUCCUGCCACACAACAGAGUCUGAGGAAUAUGGUCGUGGAUCGGAUUUUCUCUGGUAUUCAGCCAACUGGGACGCCUCAUCUGGGUAACUACCUUGGAGCCAUUCAGAACUGGGUGAAUCUGCAGGAAGAGUGCAGCUCAGUGCUCUACAGCAUCAUGGACAUGCACUCCCUCACCAUGCCCAAGGAGCCAGCUGUCCUGCGCCAGAACAUACUGGACACCACUGCUGCCAUCAUUGCCUGCGGUAUUGAUCCAAAGAAGUGCUGCCUGUUCCGACAGUCGCUGGUUCCUGAGCACGCAGAACUUGCCUGGAUUCUUGGGUGCUUAACUAACGUGCCACGUCUGCUACGCUUGCCCCAGUGGAAGAUGAAGCGUGCCAGCCAGAAUAACGAAGGAACUGUUGGUUUGUUGACUUAUCCUGUGCUUCAAGCAGCAGAUAUUUUGCUGUACAAGUCGACACAUGUUCCCGUUGGAGAAGAUCAAGUCCUGCACCUGGAACUAGCCCAAGAUAUAGCGCAACAUUUCAACAAGAAAUACGGAGAAUUCUUCCCUGUGCCCAAAGCCAUUUUAAGUACAACAAAGAAAAUAAAAUCCCUCAGAGAUCCAGCAGUGAAGAUGUCCAAGUCAGACCCACAGAAGUUAGCUACUGUUAACAUAGCAGACAGCCCUGACGAAAUAGUGCUGAAAUUCCGCAAAGCUGUGACUGACUUUACCUCUGAGGUGACCUACGACCCAGCCGGUCGCCCUGGUGUCUCCAAUCUGGUGUCCAUUCAUGCUGCAGUAACGGGGCUUAGCAUCAAAGAAGUGCUGCGCCAAUCUGCUGGUCUCGACACCGCUCGCUACAAAAUGGUGGUAGCAGAGUCAGUUAUUCAAAAAUUUGCACCUAUCAGGAAUGAAGUCAAGAAACUCCAGGAAGACAAAUCCCAUCUGAUAAAGGUUUUAGAGGAUGGAGCAGAGAAAGCCAAAGAACUGGCUGCCCCCAUCUAUCAAGAAAUAAGACGACUGGUGGGAUUUCAGUAG